GGCUCACCAUUUAAUACAUGAUAUUAUUCCUUCUUAUUCUCUCUUAUAUUUCACCGCGCGAGUCGACGACCUGUGUUUCUGUCAGGCAGAAUACAUUUGACACCUGCAACAUGGGAAUCGAUGCCCUGAGUAAAAAUGACCCUUCUUCCUUCGCCAAUACCGAGGAUGUGGUUGUCCGGCACGCCCAUGUAUCCUGGCUGGUUGACUUCAAAAAGCAGACCCUGGCAGGUUCGGUCACCCUGACCCUAGAGAAGGUCAAUGACCUUGCUGACAAAGUGGUUCUUGACACGAAGGAUCUUACUAUCAAAAAGGUCUACCUGAGUGGGAACCCCUUGGACUUUGUUAAAGGACCCACAGUUGCUACAUUUGGCGAAAGUUUGACUGUCAAACUUCCUGCAAGUACAGCAAAGAAAUUUGAUUUAGUUAUUGAGUAUGAGACUUCUUCAAAAGCGUACGCCCUGCAGUGGCUCAGCCCUGAGCAAACCUCAGGAAAAACGCACCCCUACAUGUUCAGCCAGUGUCAGUCGAUCCACUGCAGAACGAUUUUGCCGUGCCAAGAUACGCCUUUUGUCAAAUUCACCUACACGGCAGAAGUGGAUGCGGACGCUGACAUGACUGUCCUGUUGAGUGCAGUUAGCAGUGGUGAUCCUCAGGUUAUUCCUGGGACCUCCCUGAGAAGGCACAAAUACGAGCAAAAAGUGACCAUUCCAUCGUACCUUCUUGCAAUUGUGGUGGCCAAACUCGCGCACAGGACCAUCAGCCCGAGAAUCAACGUUUGGUGCGAAGAGGAGAAUGUUGAUGCCGCCACCUGGGAAUUUAGUCAGGCUGAGGAGCAGUUGAGUUUUGCUGAGGAAAUUUGCGGCACGUAUGAAUGGGGUCGCUAUGACCUGCUCAUUCUACCCCCAAGCUUUGGCUAUGGAGGAAUGGAAAAUCCGUGCGUCACCUUCGUAACGCCAACUUGCGUCGUGGGAGACCGCACGCAGGCCGACGUCAUUGCGCAUGAGAUCUCUCACUCCUGGACAGGAAAUUCAGUUGGAAUCAAAACGUUCGAGCACUUCUGGCUCAACGAGGGCUGGACUAUGUUUGUGCAAAGAAAGAUAGAGGCUAAGCUCUUCGGCGAGAAGCACAGACACUUAUCUGCUAUUUUGGGACUCAACGAAUUGAGAAACACGGUGAAAGACAGCAAACACCCAGAAAUCGAGACUACCUUGGUGAAAGACUUGAUCGGCAUCGACCCUGAGGACGUUUUCAACACUGUGCCUUACGAAAAGGGCCACACUCUCCUCUUCUACUUGGAAACUCUUCUUGGAGGAAACGACGCGUUCGACCCAUUUGUCAAGGCUUAUUGCCAACACUUCAAGGGCCAACCGAUCGACACUGAUAUGUUCAAAUCCUUCCUGUAUGAGUUCUUCGCGAGCAAGAAGGCUGUCUUGGACUCUGUUGACUGGCAAGCGUGGUUUUUCGGUAUCGGAAUGCCGCCAGUGAUCCCUGAGUAUGACACGACCUUAUCGGAGGAGUGCACCAAGCUGGCAGACAGGUGGCUAAACUGUCCUGAAGAGGAGGUGGAUUCGCUGUCCUCUGGCCCAAGCUUCAAAGACCUGUCACCACUUCAGCAAAGGGAGUUCCUUGACCAGCUGGGCCUCCGCGAGCAGGUGAUUUCAGUAAACAAGCUGCGCAAGCUGGACGAGUGGUACAACCUGAAAAGCGUGCGCAACACCGAGGUCAAGUUCCGCUGGCUGCGACUUUGCAUCAGGGCCAAGUGGGAAGACAAGAUUGGCGAGGCCAUCGACUUCGCCACCAUCCAGGGCAGGAUGAAAUUUGUCAGACCCCUCUACAGGUCCAUGUACGCGUGGCCAGCCGCCAGGGACAGGGCUGUGGAGGCGUUCAAGAAGCACCGAGAUGAAUACAUGUACAUCACUGCGAGACAGGUGGCACUUGACCUUCAUCUAGACCCGUAAAAAAUAAGUGAUUUCUACGUUUUCUACUUAAUAAAUGCGGAUGAUUGGAUUCAAUUUAA